GCUGGAUCCCACAUAAUGAGUGGAGUGUGGGCUGUGCGACUAGACGGGAGAGAGACGCGGAUCAGUCGACAGACUCGACACGGACUCCCUAACAAACUUUUCUCCCCGUCGUCGUGAAGCUUUACAGGUGCUUCGUUCUUUCUCCUCUCUUUCAUCUCUAUUUACAGAUUUACUUACUUUACAACUACUCUCCGUGGCGGAGGCGGUUGGGUUUAUACUUAAGCAUCGUUUUGCUUUGAUCGAUGUCUGAUCGUCUCUGAUCACAUAGUAUCUGUUUUCUCCCAUUGGAAACUGAAUCUGAUUCCGAUUCAAAUUUUUGUUUUUGGGAACCGAAAGGUCCGCGAAUCGAACGGAAUUUCGCCGCUGUUAGGUUUGGGUUGGUACUCAUUUGGAUCCCUUAUUCGAUUCUUUCUGAAUUACGAUUUCCUCUUGUAGACUAAGAAUCGAAUCUCUAAAGUCUAAAUUAAGAGAGUAGAAAGUCCUUCGAUUAGAGAUCUCCCACUCCUUGUUCUUUCUGUUUGAUAGUUUCACAGAGAAGAAGGAUUCCAUUAAGAGAAGAGCUUUCCUUGCCUGGUUCUUCCAAGUUCCUUCCUAAUAGUUGUAUACUACUGUGAAAGCAAAGAAGAGAGAAGAUCUUUGAAUAUCACAAGAAAGCAAAGAGAAAGAAAGAAAACCAGAAUUGUUCAUCAUCAAAGCCAGAGAAAAUGGCCGGAGAGCUUGGAACUAAUUCCACCGACUAUAGAAUGGAGCUUCUAUCGCCAACAAGGGAGGGAGAAGCAGUAACUGAGACGAACGAGCACUCAUGGAGGUUGAACGCUGGGGAAUUUCGCUUGCCGGAAAAGCCCAACAACUCUCAUGUUAGUUUUGGAGAUUUUUUGGCUCUGAGGAGAAAAAGAAAGAAAGGAAAGAUUGCAAAAUAUUACCAAAGGCAGGAGGACCUUCUUAAAGGUUUCAAUGAGAUGGAAACAAUGAAUGAAUCGGGCUUUGUGCCUGGAGCCCUCACAGAGGGUGAACUAAAAGAUCUUGCGAAGAGCGAGAAGCUGGCGAUACAUGCAUCAAAUAUAGCGAACUUGGUACUUUUCAUAGCAAAAGUGUAUGCAUCUGUCGAGAGCAGAUCCUUGGCUGUGAUUGCAUCGACAUUGGACUCUCUGUUGGAUCUCUUAUCAGGUUUCAUUCUAUGGUUCACUGAUCAUGCUAUGAGAAAACCCAAUCACUAUGGUUAUCCGAUUGGCAAGAAGCGAAUGCAGCCAGUGGGAAUCAUUGUUUUUGCCUCAGUAAUGGCGACUCUUGGGUUCCAGAUAUUGUUCGAGUCUGUUCGGGAGCUUAUUUCGAAGUCUCACUCCAGCUUGGACCCUCAAAAGGAGAAAUGGAUGAUAGGGAUCAUGGUUUCUGUUACGGUAGUAAAAUUUGCCCUGAUGAUAUUUUGUCGAAGAUUUAAGAAUGAAAUUGUUCGAGCUUAUGCUCAAGAUCAUUUCUUUGAUGUCGUUACAAACUCGACCGGUUUAGUAGCAGCCGUCCUUGCUGCUCGAUACUAUUGGUGGAUUGAUCCAACUGGAGCUAUACUUAUUGCCUUAUACACGAUGAGUACAUGGGCAAGGACAGUAAGGGAGAAUGUCUGGUCAUUAAUUGGUCGAACAGCACCUCCAGAAUACUUGUCGAAGCUAACAUUUCUGAUAUGGAACCAUCAUGAAGAGAUCAAGCACAUUGACACGGUUAGGGCCUAUACAUUUGGUUCUCAUUACUUUGUAGAGGUAGACAUAGUCCUUCCAGCAGACAUGCCCCUAAGUGAAGCACAUAACAUAGGCGAGAAAUUGCAAGAGAAGCUUGAGCAACUCCCAGAGAUUGAAAGAGCUUUUGUGCAUAUAGACUUUGAGUACUCUCACAAGCCAGAACACAAUGCCUAGGUAUGAUGAUUGGCAUUGCUUACAGUGAUGGGUAAACAAGUGAGUUACACAAUUUGUAGCUAACUGGAUUUCUUGAGAACCAUUGCGUUAUAAUAUUACCGCAGGGUCUCUUGAGAGGGUUUGUAGUAUAGCCCUCUGUUAUGUUUCUCUUACUGAGAUUACAUAAUUUCGAACUCACACGAAUGUAAUGGCUUGUGGAGGUCCUGACUACAUUUUAAGUGAUCUUACUGCCAUCGUGGUUACCUUCUUUUGUUUUACAAACUUGAAAAAGAUUACUAAACUUUGGCUAACAUAGCAGUUCUUCUUUGUUCUA